AUGACAAAACCUCAGUAUGCUUUUCCUCCCGGAUCUACGGUUCUUGUCACUGGCGCAAAUUCUUACAUUGGCUCGCAUGUAAUCAAUAUCCUUCUUGGUCUGGGAUACCGUGUUCGCGGCACAGUUCGCACACCUCGGCCUUGGCUUCAGGGGCUUUUUGAUGCCUCGCAUGGCCCGCAUACAUUUGAUACUGCCAUAGUAUCAGACUUCCAGGAUAAAAAUGCCAUUGAAAAUGCCAUUGAGGGAGUCUCGGGUGUAGUUCACUUAGCGCAGGCUAUGCCAUGGGAUCCUGCAAAUAAGGACCCCGUCGGAUAUACCGUUGACGGAACUUUGAACAUCCUCAAAGCCGCAUCAACUCAGACAUCCGUGAAGCGCGUUGUCCUAGCUUCUUCCAUUGUGGCUGCUGGCUACCCACAAGGGGACAGGCCGUUCAAGUUUGAUACCGAUACGUGGGACAUCUCCACCCCAGAAACCGCUAUCUCGAUCUACACUGUCUGUAAGACCGAGGGCGAGCGACAGUCAUGGAAAUGGGUGGAGGAAAACAAGCCCCACUUCAUUCUCAAUACCGUCCUUCCCUGGAUGAAUUUCGGUCGGACUCUGCACCCUGAAAUCGGUAGCUCAGGCCACAAAUUCAUUCGAGACCUUCUCAAGGGUGACACCUUUCCUUUCAAAGUACUGCCAUUGCAAGCAUGGUAUAUCGACGUGGAAGAUUCCGCGCGGUUGCAUGUCAUUGCCUUGUUGAGUAGUGAAGUCAAGUCAGAGCGGCUUUUUGGCGCGGCAGCCCCUAUGACAUGGGCGGAUGUCAUACCGAUAAUCAGGAAAACCGAGCCUACGAACAAGCUUAUACCAGACCCUCCUGAAAGCGAGAACCCGAGUUUGGGCGAAGUUGUUCCCGCUGCUCGUGCGGAAGGCCUCAUCCGAUCCUUUUUUGAUCGUCCCGGUUGGACCACACUUGACCAGAGUAUCACGGCAACAGUCAAGACUGCUUGA